GCCGGCGACGACUUCUUCGGCCCCAAGCGAUGGCGAGUACGGACCUUUGCUAUCGCUGGUACUUGGCUGGCAUUGGUGGCGUAUUCUGUGCUCCUCGCGCCAGGGAAAAGCCCCGAAGAGCGGGCGGCUGACCAAGCGCUCUUGGAGCGGAUCUUAUCGACGCCGUUCGACGGCUCCGUGAACCCACUCUUUUGCUGCAUCUUCAAUAUGCUGGGCAUUUGGCCGAUGAUCUACGCAGCCACUCUGCUGCCUGGGUCAGACCGUCAGUCCCCAGCACCUGCAGUCCCGUUUGUGGCUGGUUCCUUUUUCCUCGGCGCCUUUGCUCUCAGCCCUUACCUGGCUCUGCGAGAGCACCGAGCUGUUGCAGGCGAAUCCGGGCAGCUUGACUGGGCCACUUCCAACAUCCUGGAGAAUCGGUUAACGGCUGUUGCGCUCCUGGCAUUCGCAGCAUAUUUGGCUCUUUUUGCACUUGGAAACGGGGUGAUCGGAGGCUUUAGCCCCAACGAAGCCUUUGCGGGUUUCCUUCCAGUUUUCGGCAGUAGUUUGACUGCCCACGUGUCGAGCAUCGACUUCAUGGUGCUUUGGAUGCUUUUCGGGCCUGUGCUGCUAGAAGAUGGGCGCCGGCGAGGCGUCUUCCUGGGCAACUUUGAUUCCUGGAGCUCUGGUGAUAAGGCGCAAUUCGCCAUCUCGGCCUUCGUGCCAGUUUUCGGUGGUCUUGCCUGGUUGCUUAGCCGACCUCCACUUCCCAGCCAGCGCUCCUGA